CGUAGAACGUGUCGACGUGGACUCCGUGAAGGUUCGGUGGCGACUCUAUACGCGCUUUCUCAAAAUAGCCCUAUCCACGCCACCCCGCCGUACAUCUCAUGACGCCUUUUCGGGUCGCGCUUAGUUAUCGUCUCUCGACGAGAACUGGCAUCAUCAUCCAGUAUCCAGUAAGCACCCCACGAUAAACCGACAUGUGUGCACCGGUCGACUGCGAAGAAGGCGAUCGUAGAAGGUGUACAUUUCCGUCGAAUGGAUAUCCGUCCAGGAAGAUAUCGAUUAUGCGUUUGGAUAAUCGCGACAGUUAAUUAUACGAUUUGAACUCGAAGACUGAAAGACUGAAGCCGUCCAUAAAUGUCGUGUCCCCUCUCGUCGCUCUCUUCUCAAACGCCACGCUCCAAGAAGACUGACGACUGACGUCUGUUUCAAAAUCGGUUUGAGCUGUCAGGAGCUGCCUAUAUAAAUCAGACGUCUCUGACCGAAUUUUGUUUAAUCCUGGAUAUUUUUGAUGUGCAUACGUGUACAGCGUAUGUGAAUUAUUCAGAGAGAGAAAUCGUCAUUUCAAAUAUUAUAAGUGCAAAAAAUAAUUUUGCGUGCACGUAAGAGAUAUUCGAAUUCAUCUUUAACCGCCGACACUUACCGAGACCGAAUGAUAUCAGCGAAAUUUUUGAGGAGGUCGGCAUUGAUUUUGUAACGUGGCACAUGACUGUGCAUCAUUAUUGCGCACUUUAUUAUUGAAUCGGUGGCCGUCAUCGUAUAUAUGAAAAGUACUUAUUCCAGAUAUAUUCUUAGUGCGACUAUACGUUGCGUUCCAAAUUUAUAUUGUGCUAAUUAUACGCGUCUCGUCGUCGCUCAGUUUGUUAGGAGAGACAAAGAAAGACGCGGUGGUUGCAACGAUUGCGGAAGUUAUUGUGUAAUUCGCAAGUGACAAACUGACAACUUAUAAGGGGAUCGUACAAUGAAAUUAUUCAAUACAAGAAAAUUAGUUUGAUGAAUAGAACUUUUUUUGAGUAUUAGCGCUAAAAUUUUGCGACGUUGUUGAAGUGAAAAGAAAGAAACUAUCCGCGCUAGUUCUCGAAUAUACGGAAAAUCUGAAAAUAGAUCGAGUAGAAGCGAUAUACAAUAUCGCAGUAUUACCAUCCUUCCGGGAAAAAUUGUGUUACAGACACUGUGAAGCACAAGAGCAUGACUUGAAAAGACGUUAUUAUAUAAGAUCUCUCUUCGAUCACAUCACGGAAUCGAACGAGAAAAUUAGAUAAAUAAUAACAAGUGUCGCACGUAAUUAUCAGUAGAAUUUUGUGUAGAGAAAAAAAAGAGAGAGAAAGAGAGAAACUACAAAUCCAUGAACAAAAGAAGAAUACGGACGAGAGAACCGGAUCAUCGUCUCCUGAAGAACGAGAAGAAAAAUAGGACGGGUCAUAUCGAUGUUUUCCUGUCAGAGCUACAGAAUCGAUUGAAAAACAACAAUGUCCUGCGGUGGAUGAAAGUGCGGCGACGGAGGUUGAGAAAGAGAAGAGGCGCGAGAUGUACGGACGUCAGGAUAAUUCGGCUGGCGACAGUGGUGCAAAUCAGGUGCCACCGUGGCUCGUACGCGCCGAAGUCACGAUCCGCCAUGGCGACACGGUGACCUCCGAGACCGUGCAAAUGCCGCCGGGCACCACCACGACUGCUGACGCUGGUGGCAUCCGUAUGAUAUGCCGCUGGAAUACGAGCGAACCGUCGAAUUCGCCGACGUCGACCACCGAUACGUUUUCAUCAUCCUCGGGCGGCUUCGGCUUUCAACGGGGGAAUAUAUUAUUCACGUCUACGCCGCCCGAGAGGCCGUCUCAGAGAUCACAGAGAUCAUCAGAUGACAAAUCUUACACUCUACCGCGUUCAAGCUCGUCGGGCAACGACGACUCGUCUAGAGGCCGAGCCAACGAUUCUGGCUACAAUAGCGAACGAUUCUCGUCGCGCGCCUACUCUAGUCUACCCGCUCGACGUUUGUCUCACAAUCAACAGUAUGAUCGUCGAUGUAAGAGCACGUGUAGGAUCGUACUUUCCACCGCAAAUCCUGAGAAAAUCGCGAGUUCCGCUGAAUCCGUCGAUUCCUGGCAUCGUCGACCCUCGUAUCAACGCUUUUCCCGCCAACAAUUUAGCGCGGUCCCGGAAGUUUGCGAGGAUUGCGCGGAGGGAAGCGCGUCGAGCUUUACUACGCACUUUUGCACUCGCGUAGCAGAAAAGACUGCGAAUAGCCGGGCCACCGCGAUUAGUAGAGACGCGGCUUCGCAAACCACCGAUAUCGAAUCGACGCGUUCUUCGUCGACUGUAAACAGUAGCAGAGUUGGGAGGAGAUUAGGCGCUGGUGCCUACAAAUCUGACGAGCAGAAAAAGAAGCAGGAAAUUCGAUCGCCUCCAGCAUCGGUUAAGACCACCAGUUCCGUUCCUCCCAUAGAUACUGAAAAAUCAGACUCCUCCGCGAAAGAGAACAGCAGCGACAAACGCAAGUCACGGACGGUUCAUAUUGAUGUGUACUGCACAGGAUCGGACGAUGACGCUAGCACAGAUACGACCAGCGAGGAUGAGCGCGGCACGCCUAUGACCGUCUUUGAGAACGAAGAUGUCAAAGUCACUCACACGCAGGCGACAGAUAACUUACCGCGAGGAUUUCAAGACGCGAACGCGUUCCUAAAGCGCAGCGCUGAGCGACGAUGCGCGAGCUUCCGAAACGCACCAAUGAGGAUGCCCUCGUUGGCCAGUUCCAAGGGAUACGACAGCGACGAGAUGCUGAGCUCUCUCUAUCCUUCGCGAUUUAGUUCGUACAGCGGGAUACGUGACCUAGAUUCCGCCCCAUGGUCUGCGGCGUCAUCCAGUACGGCUCUUUCUCCGUACGAUUCAACGACUAUGACGUCAUCGAAGGACACGUUUUCGGAUAUCGACUCCCUGAUCAACAGCAAAUCUGGCUUGACGCCUUGUGAUAGUUUUGAAUACGCCAAUUCCACGGAUCGUGAUAGAAUACGUAGAAUGGAUAUUUUGGCAAAAGCCAGCGAUGAGAAAAAAAAGACUUGGCGAUCGCCACAAAUCGAACGGAAGCAUCUCCUACAAAAUAGGAAGAUGAGAGAGUACUUGGAGAAACACGAGAUAGGUUGGUCGUCUGGGGAAAGUGCCGAAGAUUCCGAUGAGAGCGGAGCAGUCGGUUGGAAUUUCAUAGCUGGUGAUGACAAGUCACUCGUUAAAAAAGAUUCGAUCGUACAUCGAUGCGCGAGCAAGGAUCAAACGGAGGAAUCUAACGUGACACGCGGUAAUUACGUUCCGUAUUCGAAUGUUCUACGCGAUCGUAUCGGUCCCUUUGGAUCCAAGAGUCCAUCUCCUCUCCCUUCAACUAUACCUUCCCGCGUAACAUCUCCCUUUGCUACGCCGUAUGGAGAAAAAACUGAUCAUAUCAUAAAAGCUUCAAGAUUUGGAACGGUAGUUAGCGCGUUUCGAAAACCCGGUCAUCAUAUAGGUCCGUCGAAAAAUCCAACGUGUACAUGCGAACAUUGCCGAAGGUAUUUUGAAGAACGAGGAGCGAGAGGACGGGCUUAUUCGUUAAGCGAACUCGAACGUCAUCCGGCAUUCAAAUCGCAAAAAGAGUGAUAUCUGAUAUUUUGCAAUAGCUGUUGAAGAUUUGAAAUAUAUCAAUUCUUUAAGCUUUACAAGCUUUCCACUUUAUUUAUUUAUAUUGUAAGAUAUUUGUAUGCGAUAAACUGCGUUCCAUUGUUUAUGAUUAUUGAAAGACAUUGUAAAUUUGUAUAUUGUGAUUUGUGUGUUUAAUUUAUAUUUUUCUUGAAAUAUAUUCCGUAUAUUAUAGCUUUUUUAUCUAAAUUAUUACGAAAGAACUGUCAAAUACAUUCUGUGCUGAAAAUUGAGCAUUUAUACAAAUUAACAAGGAUGUAUAUAUUGAUUGCAUUGUUAAUAAACAUUAACUAUAUUGAA